AUGGAGUCGGAAUUAUCCGACCGAGUCAUCGCUCGGUUGUGCGACCAGUGGGCACUAAUUUGCGAUUGUCAUUCAUCAGCAGAUGUCUACCAGCGAAAGACGCACAUAGAGCAGUUUCUCGAAGGAUUAAACCAGCUCAGCGAAGAUGAACGCGUGAAACUCGACAGACUGAACCGGUACGAGAACAUUUCGUCAGCCUUAUCGCGGCAGCUCCUACUGUUGAUAUACGAGAUAUGCGAUCCCGCCGUUAAACGGAGUAAUCGAGCUGAUUCAACAACGCAAACGGCCGAGACGAGCAACAACCCUUCUUCUACUGUCACGAUUGCGAGCGUUGAUAGUCAGGAUGAUGAUCGGGAGGAUGCUGAAAAGUUUACUAGCAGCUCGCAAGAGGAUACUUUACGGCUACAUGCAGAUACUAGUGAAACACGUUGCCAGUGGUUAAAGAAUUUUUUUCUUCAUGGAAUUGGAGGUUUAUUGUUGCAAACGUUAUCUAACAUUGGAGCCAAAGACAUAGCAAACAGUCGUGAAAUUACAGCUGUGCUGGUACGUAUAUUGCCCACAACAAAAUGGAACAAGGAAUCUGGUUCGAACGCCAUAUCACUUCAGUUGGAACCCGGUUACACGGAGUUUGUCAGAAAUGUUCUUCAGAUGCGCGUAUACAAUAACGAAUGGCAGCGUGAGAGCGUUAAACGUGGUGUUCAGAACGGUGCAACUUCUAACGCCUUGCUACGAACAAUACUUCCAUCGGAAUCGCUAAGCGGCUCGUCAGUGUCGUUAGUUCGUCAGCUGAGCGGCCCCAAGUUUGUCGCAGCCACCACGUACUAUUCAAAGGCAGCACAAUAUUUGUCUAACAGCUCUGCUGGCGAUGUGACAACGCUUUCCCAAGAUCAGUUCACGCUGACCGUUUUGAAUUUAUUGGAGAGCUUAGUCGUGCAUGAAAACAUACUGACAAUCGACGAAAAUUCUGUAACCAUCUCUUGUUUGCGCGUUGCAUUGGAACAAUUGAAACGGCAGGAGCAACUAGAGGAAAGCGCUGAAAAUCGUCUUAUUAUCAGGAACAAAUUGCUGGGUCUCCUGAUGCUUUGUCUGAAUAACAUGUUCUUUCUCGAGUCUCUUGACAUUAAUGAUUUUAACCUUCGAAUGGUGGCUUCCGAUCUGGUAACACUACUUCAGAAUGAAAUCGGCGUACGCCCAAACGACACGCUAUCGCUCGAGUUUAUGUACAAUCUAAUUUUCACGAUCAUAUCUACGAUUAACCAGUCGUUUCUACACUUCUGCGAUAACCUAGUCAGUGAGCAGCUAUUUAUGUCGCUGUUUAAGCUUCUCGAAAGCAACCUAGAGCUUGUUAAACAUACGUACAGUUUUUUACAGUUGACGGUACCCUCCGAGACAAGAGCAAUCCAUAGUGAUAAACUUUGGAGCGAGACAACGCUAAGUUGUGCAUCCCGUCUGAUCGAGAUCCUGUUGAAACUGCAACAGAACUUUAUUUUUGGGCUGUCGCCCUCUCGAACGAACUGUAAAAAAUCGCGCAAAACACGUUUUCGGUUGCAUCACUCUCGUCAGGAGACACGGAACGGAUACGUAUGCGCAUUAGAGAAUCUCCUACUGAAUCUGUUUCCAUUGGUAAAACACUCGGACCAGAGGUUGAUGGUGAGCUUUUUUAAAAUGUAUCAACUUUGCUGUUGCAAUACGAACGUGCACACAAUGGAGGUGCUGCUGAAACUGUCCAAUGACGAAGUGAUACCUAAGGUUAGGUUAAACUUUAUCAGUCGCUGCGUAGUCCAGGCCAUCUUUCAUCGAUCCCAAUGCGAAACAUGCGAAUCAGACCGAUCAGCAAAUACGUUUUACGAACAGUUUACGCGCACCCAUCGGGAGGUAUUUUGUGAGUUCAACCGGGCGGAGAACCGAACCCGCAUGCCAAUGUUUCUGCGGUAUCUACUGGAUAUUGCGCGAAAUGUACCCUUUCGACUGCGCUCGUUUUUGCUACAAGAUUUGGUGUUAGAACUACUGCACACCGAGUCCUCAUCAUUUAGCGACGCUUCGUCAGCUGUAGGUGAUAGUGGAAAGGAAAUUGUGAAUGCAGGCCUUUUGAUCAUAUGUCGCGUUGUUGUCGAGGAUGAUCGACGAAUGAUCGAGCAAUUCUAUCGAGAGGAGAACUUCGAACUGUUACGUGCGCUAAGCGGAAGGGUUGAAUUCAUACACAACAUGCACGAGAUUAUGAUUACAGGCGUUCGAGGAAGUUCCCAACAAACCAUACUAUCUGAAAUACUGCUGGACAUCUCAGAUGGAUUAACAUCGUACAUCGGGGAGAUAUUAUUGGCGGAAAUUGGUAGUGAAACUGGAUUAUCACUCAAGUUCUUGAAGAAAACAUCGACGGCGGAAAGCAAGCACCAAGUAGAAUCAUUGGACACUAAGCUCCUGUUGUACAUAGAGCUUUGGAAAACGGUGCGCCAAUUAUUGAAAGAGAGUGACCAUUUUCGAACGCUAUUUUUGCAGCGAUAUGAUGGUGUAAAGGGCGUGCAACAAUUUCUGAAACUGUCGUACAACCUAGCCAGCAUCUGUCUUUACAGCAACAAUCCGCAAGCUCCGUAUGAUUUGUUCACGUUUACUGACGACUCUUCAUUUAAGUUGGCAACUGCCAGCGAAAUGAGUAGCGUCGAACCGGAAAGACGAAGUGUGUUAGACAUUUUCCAUUUCAAUGAUCAACUUAUCGAUGGAUCCUUAUCUAGCACUAGCUUGUACUACAGUGCAACCGAUGAAGACAAGAUGGCGUCGCAUAUCAAAUUGAAUACUACUUUGGUUGCACCGGACGAGGAGAGCGAUUUUUCGUUCUUGCACGAGCUUCGUUUCGCAACAAUUGCUACAGGAGUAUGGCAAAACAAUUACGAGUACAACAGAUCAUCGACUGCUGAAAACAAUAAGCUGGAAAAGAAAUGGUCUCUUUCCGAGCUCUUCAACAUACGGCAUAUUCUCAGUAGUUUGAUGGACGAUUACUUAGUAGGUUCCAAGCAUCGUGAACCUUCUGCCGCAACGCAUCACUAUCUGGCGCUUCCAAAUGAUGCCAGAAAGCUACUCACGAGCCACGCCAAUCCGGCAGUGAGGAAAAAAUUGAUAAAUCUCUUCGAAGCCAUCAUGACCUCGAUGCAGUUGCUUAUAAACGCAGCGGUUGUGGAAUAUGAAAGCUGUAAAUCGGAGUUAGUCAACACAAUGCAAGUGGCAUUGUUCGAACUGAAAAAACUGUUGCUGAGCUGUGCCAUCAGAGAUUGGGAUUGUCCUAACGCCGCCAAUAAUGUAAUAAACGUGCUUCAUGCAUUGUUAAAGGUUGCCGAAAUGCGAAAAGAAUCAAUCCCAGUGCCGUAUUCCAUGAACCUGGAUAGCUAUUUGGAAGGAGAGCAUGGCAAUUUUGGCAUCACCCAAACGUACGAGGACGAAUUGGAUCGGAUGUCCGCUCCAUACCGCGAGGAAGAAGCCAAUCAGGACGAUUUUAGCUCCACGGAUGAGUCCUAUACAACGGCUCGAGACGACGGUUAUGAAGGAGACGUGGAAAUUGAGGUGCACUCUCCUCAAGUGCAACUCGCAAAGAAAGACGUCAAAAGUCGUGUGAAAGUCUGCAACACGGUCCGCUCGGUGAGUGAACAAAUUUGCACCAUUGUGACUGAGAUUCUGGUGGAAUUGUCGAACCGUUGUGUCGAGCGCCCAGAACAUUGGUGUCCAGUAUUGGCGCAGAUGAUCGUUAAAUUGAACAUAAUCCGUAACCAUCUCGGUGGAUCGCUGUAUCUAAUAAGAGGCUUCGCAAAAGUGCUACACACAAACGACAGCAGACUGAAGGAGCUGCAAUCAUCCAUCUUGGACUUGAUUGUCGAUCUGGAGGAUUCCGAUGUGCUGGUAAAGUUCAUGCAAAUCUUGGGCCACAAAGAUCCACCGGUUCAGUUGAUCCUCACGAAACUGACAAACCUGUUCGAGGCUGGGCUGGGUUUGGAGUGCUACCAAUGCUUGCACUAUCCAGCGGUGCAACGUGACCGUACAUUUUCUGCCACAUGUGAUGCACUACUGGCAAAGAAAAUCACCUUCUUACGAGAGCACCAUUUGUAUUUCAACGAACGCACAGGACUGGCGGAUGCUGGUACGAUAGUACCCUUAAAUUAUGCAAAUUUUUAUCCCUGGCACGGAAACGGAUUCACCGUUUCACUCUGGGUGCGCGUGGAGCAGCUUGCGGACGUCCAACAAACGGAGCAUACACAUCUAUUGUCCGUGGGAAGUGAAAAACAAAUGCUGGCGCUAUACUUCAACUCCCAGCGCCAACUGGUGAUGCGUUUUAGUAAACCGGAUCGUCUGCUGACACCAGAAAACACGAAUGAUUAUCUUAGAGAGGCGGUCGUUUUGUCGCAGUGCUGUGACAACUGCGCCAAAGAAAUGAAGCAUUUGUGGAUGUAUAAGCACCUCAUGCGUGGUACAACUGAUGCCUGCACGCAAACGUUCAUGCUAGACACUCCGGGAGCACAGUGUGUUUAUUGCUUCAUGCAGCUUCCCGCAGGACGGAAAUCAUCGACAGAUCAGCGCAUCACAUCUCGUUUUAACGCCUCGUUGGACGCACAUUAUCGCCAGUGUGCCAUCGGAUCGGAUUGGUACUUUACCGAUGGGUGUUGGACGAUGUUGACCCUAGCGGUGCGUCAGUUAGACGAAUCGAUUCACGUGACGAUUUCACACGAUGGCGUGCAGCAGUUGACACAGUUGUCGCUGCCGAACGCCUGCAAGAUACACAUAGAUACGGACCUAACGUUCCUUUCCGUCGGCCACCGGGCGAACGAGGAAAAGGAUUGCUCGGUGAGUUAUGGGUUGAGUGUGGUUCAUGUAUUUAAUAGAUGUAUCACCGACGAAGCGGCAUUGGCAAAUCUCUAUGCCAUCGGACCUAAUGUGACAAACUUUUUGGCCUUCGCUAGUGGCCAUAUGAUACCGAACUAUGGUUCCUUGAAUCUCUCAAAGCUGUCCACCGAUGACCUGCGGACGGUGGCAUCGCUGCAAUUGCUCGAAAAAACACACCUUGGAUUCCUGGCCGCAAGUAGAAUGGACACAUUUAUCGGACGCCAUCAGAACAUCGGGCUUAUGACGUUCGGUGGGAAACUGCGGCUCACAGAAAAUGAAUCUCUCCAAAGCUCGUUGCUUGCCGCUGGCGGUGUGCCUAUCAUGCUCAUUUGUUUCGCCCGAGUGGUGGAAAUCAGCGAGGACGCGACGCUACACGUUGCGGCGCUGAAACUUUUACUGCGCGUCGCACAUUCCAAUAAUGAAUUUUUCAACGAAUUUGUCCAGUGCAACUACCUCGAAUUAAUCGGCAUAGUGUUAAAGAGCAAAAAGUGUCACAAAGACAUCGGUCUGCUGACCACCCUGUUGGAAGUGGCAUUCGAUCAACCGAUCGUGGCAAAGCGUGAUGAUCAAUAUCGUGUGCUGACGUCUUCGAUUGCCCGCAUUCGCUAUCCUGGUAUGAUAACGUUUCUCUUGGAAAAUUUUCACAUCUGGAUCGAGCAGUCCGAAGAGGUGCUCGAUCUGCUGCUGACGACCCUGGCCACCGCAACGCGGGACAAACACCCCGGUAUGAUGUACAACUGCCACCGCCUGCAAGAUGCCUCGCUCGUUCCUGCACUGAUCGACUUUUGUCGGGUUAAUUUUGUCAUUCCUGCAAAAACGGUGAAAAUUUCGCGCAAAGCUGCGGACCUGCUCGUGUCGUUGAUUGCAAUCCUUUCGCCAACACCACCGAAGGUCGCGCUGCUGAACGAAAUCAUGGAGCUGCUUCUUUUGAUGCAUAAACCGACGGACAGCUACGUGACGCACGAUCGGCAGAAGUUUUACUUCAACAUAAGCCCUCAGCAGUUCGGAAGCAGUGGAAAGCGUAGUGAAAAGACGACUACGAGUAACAGUGGAACCAGCAGUGGUGUUGCAACGCCAAAAAUGCAGUUACGCGAUCGACGCCUACGUUCGCAAUCGCAGCUGCGGAAAAUCCUUCCUUUAACGAUAGCCUCCGCUGGCGUGUCAACAGGAAGUUCUCUCGAUUCAGCAACUACUAGUUUCAUCAUCGAUGCGAGCCAAUCCUCUUCGACGAAUGCUAAUUCCAGCACCGGCACUAUCGUGUCGACCGAUGAAAAGAACCGUAGCCCGACUGCUCCGAUUUUGCCCAAAAGUCCGAAACUCAACUCACCGGAUGGUGUAACCGAGGAGUACUACGAGAAACUGAACAAAGCCCUUGCCAAGGGCAAAGUGCGCAGAAAAAGCUUACUCGACAGCAUCGACCGAGGAAGCAGCAAGCGGAUGUUACGAAGGCUGAAGAGUACUCCGAACAUACGAUCAUCUUCUGCAGGAUGCAAGCGGAAACAGUUCGGUUCACCUCGGACGCCACAUGGUACGCCGCGAGCGUCUCAUGGUGCUCGGAAUGAUCUUAAUCGCAUUACCGGUCACCAUCAGCACCAGCAACAAGCGCAAAGCGUUUCAUCUUCCUUAUCGUCCGCAACCACGGCAGCUGUGAAGUAUAAAUUUUUCGAACAAAAUUACUUCGCUACCGGGAACGAUUUCUUGCAAGAAAGUUUUCUUCGCGUGAUGUGUGAUUUUCUGCUCAUCCUGCCGGACAGUGAAGCGCGCAAGUUUUUGAGCGGAGAAAAUCGCAUCCUUGAAACCCUGCUAAUACUAGCAAACAAUGGCAACAUCCGCAUUCGGACGAUGCUGCUCAACCUGGUGGCGGUGAUCGAUGACCGGGUUGAUAGUGCACGAUCCAAUGUCGGUGAGGUAAACGAGCGCACCGGCACCGGUUCCUUGUUGCAGCAGUACAGCGAGGAGCAGUCGAAGGUAUUUUGGUAUCAUUUAGCCAACCAAAUCGGAGCGCACAGCGUCAACGGCGAUCUGCUGAGUAGCUGCUAUCGAUGGAUAACGAAAUCGCACACUCCACUGGUGAUGGACCGUGGUGAAGACCAUCCUUUGGCGACGCUGUUGCAGGAUGGCUCAGUAGAGGUACUACGUGAAAAUGGUCUCAAUGUGCUCAUCGCAAUUCUCAUCCAAGCGCACGUAGAUCCAACGUUGUUUCGUUGCGUUCUGCACGUUAUUGAGUACGUUUGUACGAAGCAUCGUCGACGGGCGGGACAACACAUGAUCGAUAAUGGGCUGGUAUGGGCGCUGGCUAAAACGACUGUUAAGAUGAACGAAAAGGAGGAACAUGUACAAAAGGAAAGCCAGAUGUAUUUGUUGGAAUUUAUGAGCAGCUUUUCUCACCUGAUGAUACUGAGCAGUUUUGCGAAUCCUUUCUGGGAUUUGCUAAACGGACUGACAUUGGCACAGAAACAUAAGAGCGACCGUGUAACGAAAGCGGUGCGUGAUCUUCAGGCCGCGUUGCUUCGCAAUGUGUUGCAAUUUUUUAUCUUUCGCCCAAAGCAGUCAAUUAUUGGAAACAAGAACAGUUCUUUCGCCGUUGAACUGGCUGGGUGUGAUCUUUCAAAAACCGAGAUAAAGGCACGCUUCAAUAGACUGCAUGAUAAGGCGGUGCAAUUUGUAACUAACAGUGAUCCGGAGGUCGAUUUAUCGGAUCCAGAAAUGGCGCUUAUACGCCACCUGAUGAAUCGUACAUUAAAUGGCAAUCCGCGCGGAGGCAACAUUAUCCUUUGGUGUCUUCUACCGAAACGUCCCAUUCGGCUUAAGUUGUACACCAUCCGGCAGCUCGGCCAAUAUCUGGAAGGUGGCGGAAACCAUCUGACGGCUAUUUGCGACGUUAAAAUGCUGAAAGUCUUCGUUCAGAGUAUCCUGCUGCUGAAUCAAAAACACAUUCCGCUUGAGGAUCUUCGGCUGGUAAAUACCUUCUACCAGUCCAUCGAUGGAGGCUUAUCGCACGGUGCCAGUUGGAACUUGACACAAACGUUGAAAGACUUUGAGUACUUACGCACGAUCAGUAUGAAUGAUCAAGAGCAAACGAUUAUGAAAUCGAUUGCUCGACAAGAAAAACUGAUACAUUCGUGCACGGUAGCAGCAAUGCAAAUUACGAGAAAUAGCGUCGAAAAACAAAAUCGACUCCGAAAGGAACUUAUCAUACAGCUGCGCAAGGAUAACGAUUACCGAUUCUACGACCAGUGGCGUCAAUUAGUUGGACGGUUCACGCACGAGGAUGCCCCGUGGUAUAAUAACCUUUUUUAUCCGAGUUCUUGGGAAUUGGACGAUACAUACGGACCGGAUAUGGCAUUGAAACGAAUGCGCCGCUGCCAACUCACUAUAGAUCGUCGGUUUUUGCUGAAGGAAGCGCAGCCAGAAAAGAGCGAUGGGAAGGAAGACGACAGUGAACGAACAUCCCUGUUGGCGUAUCUCUUUCCGAACGAUUAUCGGCAUGAGUAUUCAGUCGAAGACCAGGUACUGUACACUUUUACGGUGCGUAAAACGUCACCAAGUUGCGAACUGGAGUGCGAGUGUAUAAUAACGAGCACGGAGCUGGUGCUGAAGCCUUACGAACCCUCCAGCGAAUUGGAGGUAUACGAUCUGCACGAUAUUACUAAGAUAUGGACGAAGCGGUUUGAACAUCAGGAAUCGGCCGUGGAGGUGUUUUUCAAGAGCGGGAAAUCAAUUUUUAUAGUUUUUGAACGAGAUUCUAGCGAUCGGGAGACGUUUGAAGGAUUCUUUCACGAUCUAGUUGUGCGGUGCGGACGCCAAGAGUUAGAUUACUACACCCAGCAGUGGCGUGAAGGAGCGCUAUCGAACUGGGAGUAUUUAAUACUGUUGAAUCAAAUUUCUGGCCGCACGUACCACGAUCUUAUGCAGUAUCCCGUAUUUCCGUGGGUGCUGGCAAACUAUGAUACGAGAAUACUUGAUCUGCUAGCGGAGCGUAGUUUCCGUCUACUGGAGAAGCCGAUAUCCGUGCAGCACCGUGAACUGGAGAAACAUUACAUAAAUAACUACAAUCACCUUCGGCAAGCCGAAAGCGGAGAUCCAAAUGGUGGCCGACGAAAGAUCCAGCCAUACCAUUAUAGUUCGCACUAUUCCAAUUCCGGCACGGUAUUGCAUUUCCUGGUGCGAGUGCUUCCCUUUACUUCGUUGUUUUUGCAGUACCAGGACGAUAGUUUCGAUAUACCUGACCGUACUUUUCACUCGCUGCAGACGACAUGGAAUCUGGCAAGCAAGGAUUCGCCAACGGACGUGAAGGAACUGAUACCUGAGUUUUUCACUUUUCCCGAAUUCCUCGAGAAUCAGGAGGGUUUCGACUUCGGUAUGCGUCAGUCUGGAGAGCCAGUGAAUCAUGUAGAGUUGCCCAGUUGGUGUAACGGCUCGGCCCGUCUAUUCGUGCUAAUCCACCGGCAAGCACUGGAAGCAAAUAUCGUCCGGCGUCAGUUGAGUCAUUGGAUUGAUCUAAUUUUUGGUUACAAGCAAACGGGCCAGGCCGCGAUCGAUGCGAUAAACGUGUUUCAUCCGGCUACCUAUUGUGAUUUUACGGCGGCCGACAUUGACGAUCCGGUAAUGAAGCUUGCCCUCGAAACAAUGGUCAAAACAUACGGGCAAAUGCCACGUCGUUUGUUUGAUACUGCGCAUCCGCCACCGGCAACGAAUCCACUCAUAGCAAACCCUCCCAAAGUGCUGGAAAGUGUCGUCGGACUACGUUGGGGAUUGUAUUGUGGAAGUCCUAUGCUGCCUAAUCCGAAGCUCGUUGAUACAUGGAACAAUCCUUGGAAAGAACCCGCAGAAGGUGCUAUGGUCGAAAGAGGCAUACUCCCAGCCACGACGCUGAUCCCAACUCUCGAAGGAGACAAGGUGUUUGUGUUACCCGAGAAAAUGAAUGUGUUUUGUUCAGCCACGAACGAAGUCAAUGGAAGCACGAAGAAACACUACGCCAUCAAUUGGGGCGAAACAGACGAUCGACUGAGAAUUCGAUUGCUACAGGAAAAUGGACCAUCCGAACGACCUCGCGAGUUAUUCUAUAGCUUCGCCAGUGAUCCUAUUACCACAUGUGGUACGGAUCCAAAUUGUUCCAGCAUCUUUUUCGGGCACCGUUCCGGACGUAUCGUAGUAUUUCAACAGCGAUCACGCAGGCGGCGGGUGUCCUUUUUCAACCAAAACAUGCAGCCAACGAUCACGAUGAUGUCACGAUCACGAUCCAGCUCUUUCCGUCGGUGGAUCGAUCGGAAAAGUGCAAAUCUACGACGCCGACUGGAAAUUGAUCCCGACGAACAGCACCAGCAAGAGCAGCAGAACCAACGUGCACCUAAUGAUGACCAGCUCGAAUGGAGCUAUCCGAUACAACUGCUGAAGCACCGUGCUCCGAUAGGUGCAAUUCAGAUUUCGAUGGAGUACAAAAUUGCGGUCAGUGUUUCGAUAGAUGGUUGCGCCUCCAUUUGGGAUGUGAACAGCUUGACGUACGUUCGCGAAAUCCCAAGACCGGUCAACAUGCUCCAUUCGAUGAUAAGCCAUGUUGCCAUCAGUCCAACAAUGGGCGAUAUUGUGCUCGUGCACUCCACUCGGCAUAUCGACUCAGCACGGUUUGGUGGAGCGAGAGACUCCUGGUCUAGCGCAACGUUGGUCGAAGAGGACGACAGCUUCGAGGUGACGGAGAAUUAUAAUGUUGAUUAUGUGAAUAUAACCAUGGCCACAAACCGCCAUGACCAGCUUCGCCUGUACACGAUAAAUGCACAGUAUGUGGAGCACGUGUUUCUAGAGAGCCCUAUUCAGGCUGUAACGUAUUCUUCCAUCAAGGAGGGAUGCGGAGUCAAUUGCAUCGUUGUGGCCUGCGAGAGUGGCAUUGUGCGGUUCUACUCCAGCUGGAAUCUGGCGCUGCUACGAGAAGUUAAUGUCGAAACGAAUGGUAUUAAGUGCGCCCUGUUUUCGAAGUAUCAACACCUUUUGCUGCUGGCAUCUAAUAAUACCGUUCAAAUAUGGUCAACCGAAGGUCUUCCGGGUUCUUUGCCUAGCAUACAGGAGCCAUAUCAGUGCGGUGGAUAGAAGACUCACGGAAACGAAUCGUUAUAUUCAUGUUAUUUAUAAUGAUGCUAAAUAGUGUUUGUUGGGUAGUACAUAUAUACAUUGUUAUAAGUGUUAUUGAUUUUUAAAAUAUAGAUUACUUAACGGGUUCGAGUUGAAGGUGAUAAUAU